UUUGCAUAGCCUCGCAUCUUUCAGUGAAUAGAUCGGAGGCUCCUCCGCAUCUUCCGAUCUCGAUGAAUUACGAAAGUAUGUCACUGCGCACGUCAGCAAGAGUCAUUCGGGCCUCUUUUAGGGACCAAAAGGCAUAAAAACAUACUUCUCUUCUUCAAUGGUCAAAUUUUGUUGUAGCGUGGAGCGCAAUCCACCGAUUAUGAUUUAUGCUUUCUGACUUUGAAUUGCCGGGAACAAAUCCAAGUUCCUGGUGGGAUAUUUAGAUCCUAGUAGUCUGAUAGCAGCAUCUUCAUAUCGUUGACGUUUUAUGACCGUGAUUCGGUAUCGCUGGUCAAGUUCAAUAUCAAGAAUGGCCGAAGAGAUCAAGACGGCCGACCUAGGAUCCUCUGCUACUUCUGCAAAAACUAGACGCUUCUGGCCUUCUGUGCUUCGCUGGAUUCCUACUUCCACCCAUCACAUCAUCGAUGCCGAGAAGCGCCUUCUCUCCGUUGUCAAGACUCCUUAUGUUCAAGAAUUGGUUAAUAUAGGCUCUGGUCCACCUGGGUCGAAAGUUAGGUGGUUUCGUUCGUCAAGCGAUGAGCCAAGGUUUAUCAACACUGUAACAUUUGAGAGCACACAAAAUUCUCCUACGCUUGUAAUGGUUCAUGGAUAUGGUGCUUCCCAGGGUUUCUUUUUCCGUAAUUUUGAUGCACUUGCCAGUCGUUUCAGAGUCAUUGCUAUUGAUCAACUUGGUUGGGGCGGAUCAAGCAGGCCUGACUUUACAUGCAGAAGCACAGAAGAAACUGAGGCAUGGUUUAUUGAUUCUUUUGAGGAAUGGAGAAAAGCUAAAAAUCUAACCAAUUUUAUACUACUUGGACAUUCUUUUGGUGGUUAUGUUGCUGCUAAAUAUGCCAUCAAGCACCCUGAGCACGUACAACACUUGAUCUUGGUGGGACCUGCUGGAUUUUCAUCAGAAUCAGAUGCCAAAUCUGAGUGGUUUACAAAGUUUAGAGCAACAUGGAAAGGAGCACUCAUGAACCAUCUUUGGGAGUCUAAUUUUACACCUCAAAAACUUGUCAGAGGGUUAGGUCCCUGGGGUCCUGAUAUAGUCCGCAAGUAUACAAGUGCUAGGUUCGGUACACAUUCAACUGGUGAAGUAUUGACUGAAGAGGAAUCAAGAUUGCUGACGGAUUAUUUUUACCAUACCGUAGCAGCCAAAGCUAGCGGAGAGCUGUGCUUAAAAUAUAUUUUUUCUUUUGGAGCGUUUGCUAGGAUGCCCCUUCUUCACAGUGCCUCAGAGUGGAAGGUACCAACAACUUUCAUGUAUGGUUUCCAGGAUUGGAUGGAUUACACUGGGGCCCAAGAAGCUCGUAAGCAUAUGAAGGUUCCAUGUGAAAUCAUCAGGGUUCCUCAGGGUGGGCACUUUGUGUUCAUUGAUAACCCAACUGGCUUUCACUCAGCUGUGUUUUAUGCUUGUCGAAGGAUCCUUUCACCUGAUCCAGACAGUGAAUCCCUUCCUGAGGGCCUCACUUCUGCAUAGGAUUAUUGUUUUGGGCAGUCCUAUUAAAUAUUAUCAUUUUUUAAUGAAGCGGAUGUCAUAAUUAGUGUCUUGACAUUAUUGCUUCGUUAAAAAACAAUAUUCUUAAGUGGAAGCACUGCUGCGGUUUAUUCUUGUAUGUAUGUAUACAUAUUACAGAAAAUUUUUGCCCACACCCGGGGGGGGGGGGGACGUUGUAAGAACUAAGAAUACUCAAUUUAUUUUAUGUAAAAGAAAAAAGAAAAAAAAACGCCUUGAAAGAUUAUUGAUCUCUGAAACAUGUUUGGUGAGACUGAAGAGUCGGCUCCACUCGCAUUUUCCUGAGGGUAUGCUUAUGACAGUGAAUUCACCACUGACAGGUUUGGACUUUUCAGGUGACGAUAAAUUUCCCAGUGCGUUGCAAGUAACUGGUCAUCGAAGAGGUUAAUAAUAGGCUUCUAGAGGUGUUUCAUCUAUGGUGAAAUUUUCUUACAGGGAUCUUAUAUUAAGUGUAAUGUUUCUCGCUAAAUGGUUAGGGGAAAAAACGAUGAGCUAUCGUGAGAAAUCUGCGGAGGUGAAGUGAAAAUGUAAGAUUUUUUAGUAAUACAUACUUUGGAGCCUUUAUGAUUCCUCAUACGGUCACACCAAAAAUGUACUUGGUUUUGUGACUGUCACGCUAGUUAAUGAGGACAGCGACAUAGCUCAGCUAGCUGGAAUCUCUGAAUUGUCGUGAACUCACUCAAUUGUCACUCAAUUGAACCCCAAGUAUAGGCUGGGCUACUCUACU